CACGCGAGGACGCUAUAGUUCCAAGGAACAAAGACGAUCUUGCCGCGAUGGGAUUGAGCGAUCAGCACACACCAAACGCCCGACGAUGACACCCGUCAAAUGGCGGAACAACCCCAGUCGUUUCGCAGGCACCGCGACUUGCGAACCUUGCCUACUGUCGGCAUGCGGGCUCGUGCUACAUAUUUCAACCCACCUUUGGGGUUCUGGAGAUAGCGAGGCUUGUUUUUAAGGUACCCUAGGCCGCUCCCGCCGUCGGUAUGCUCCUACCACCACCAUCCUCAUUUUCAUCUCGUCUCUUGGCGUUGAUUUGCAUUUGUUCUUAUCUGUGAAGAACAGGAAGAUAUGGGCUUCCUAAAACUCCCUCAAUUUCGGUACCACGGCCCAUGGGUGCAGAACUUCAUCGCUGGCAUCGGUGUCGGAGCGUCGGCAGGCAUAUACGUUGCGCUAAAUCUCCUAGGAGCGGGCGGCGGUAGACCAGACUCGGCUCAAGUCGUUCAAGUCGUGAAUGCGACUUUGUGUGCAGUAUGGUUCUUCUCCUCCUCGUUCGGUGGUUCGAUUCUCAACAAGCUCGGGCCCGGCCUCACUAUGUGCAUUGGUGUACAAACAUAUGCCGUAUACGUUGGGUCGUUGUGGUACUAUGAUGAGACAGGCAAAAGAGGGUAUCCGUACGCGUCUGGACCGAUAAUUGGGAUCGGGGCUGGAAUGGUAUUCAUCACCGCAGGUUACGUAGCGACGGGGUAUCCCGAAGAGAGGGAGAAGGGCUCGUAUGCAACGAUCUUGAUGAACAUGCAAGCCCUAGGAUCGGUAAUCAGCGGCAUUAUUCCGGUUAUCAUCAACAGGAAGUCCGAUACGGUUGCCGGUGUGCCUCGGUCGGUCUACAUAUCGUUCAUCGUUAUCAUGAUCAUUGGCGGCUUGAUCUGUCUGUUAUUGCUCCGGCCCCACAAGCUUACAAGAGACGAUGGUUCAGUAGUAGCUGUUCAUCCUCCAAGAGGUGUGUGGGAGGAGCUCAGAUCCAAUCUACAGGCCUUUACGGAUCCUACCUUACUCAUAAUGAUGCCCGCAUUCUUACCAGCAGAGGGCUUUUUGGUAUACAGUGGAUCUGUCAACGCAUACAAGAACAACCUUCGCACGCGUUCCCUACUUUCCUUCAUCGCCGUUGUUCUACAAAUUCCUGCUGGAUGGGCACUACAGGCAGUUCUGGAUUACCCGGGUUGGGGCCGCCGCAAGCGGGGUUUGAUAGGUCUCACCGGCGUUUGCGUGCCUCUGGUCGUCGCAUGGGUAUGGGAGAUGAUCCGCACCCGCAACUAUGAUCGUAACAACCCGCCAACUAACCCCACUGACUGGGACGAAGCCAACUUUGGGUGGAUAUUCGUCCUUUUCAUGCUGACUUGGGUUUUCUCUCAACUCUGGCACAACAUUGUCUACUACUGGAUCGGCGCUCUCACCAACUCGCCGCAGAAACUCACACACUAUGUUGGCAUCUUCAGGGGUGUGCUCGGGGCCGGUGAAGCAAUCUGCUUCGGGCUCGAUAGCAUCAAGAUUCCAUUCAUCGCCGAAGCAGGGGGUAUUCUACUCUUCUACGUGAUGGGUAUUGCAGCGUUCUAUUAUCUGGGCAUAUAUCACAUCAAGGACACGAAUUAUGAUCAUGCAGAAGAAGGCGCUGUUGUGCCGAAUCAUGUUCUGGAAGGGGAGGGUCUAACCGUUGGGCAGCGGCGGGAGGAGAUUCUGAGAGCUAGACAGCUCGCUGGACGAGGAGACGAGAAAGUGGAUGAAACGGUUAGGGUGGAUAGUGAUAAGGUUUGA